CCUCUCAUCUCCCUCCCCCGUCUGCCCUCAUCUCCUCCACCCUCUCAUCUCCCCCCACCUCCUCUCAUCUCCCCCACGAUGCCGAAGGCGCGCACCCGCAGGAAGAACCGAUUCCAGUUUGGGCUAAACCGACGCAACGCGGCGAAGCGGAACAAGCGGCGCGAGAAUCCCCGCAUCGAGUGCGACGUGGUGCGGGCCGCUUGGGAUGGACGGCGUUCCGCACGGAGGAACUUGGAGGACAUGGGGCUGGCCAGCGACCCCAACCAAAGUGUGCCCUUGAGGAUGAGACGCAGGGAUCUAAAAGAACCGGCGACAAAACCUCACGUAGCACAAGCCCUUGAGCAAGAGGCUGCGGUGCCGGUGACUCCGUCACCACCCAGCGUCUCGAACGACAUCGUACUGAUGGUGCGUCGACUGGUACACGCCUACGGGGAAGACUACAAGGCGAUGGCGAGGGACGACAAUAACCACUACCAGGACACUCCGAGUCAGAUCCGCCGUAAGGUGGAGCUUGUGAGGAGACAUUGCCCCCAGGAGUGGGAGCUCAUCAUCAGCAGCAGUACAGGCAGCAGUACAGACAGCAGUACAGACAACAAUACAGACAGCAGUACAGGCAUCACCACAGACAGCAGUACAGACAUCACCACAGAUCACAGUACAGAGCACAGUACAGAUCAUAGCAGCAGUGACAGCACGCAUUGAUAGCAGUACAGGAGACACUGUCCCCAGGAGUGGGAGCUCAUCAUCAGCAGCAGUACAGACAGCAGUACAGACAUCACCACAGAUCACAGUACAGAUCAUAGCAGCAGUGACAGCACGCAUUGAUAGCAGUACAGGAGACAUUGCCCCCAGGAGUGGGAGCUCAUCAGCAGCAGCAGCAGUACAGACAGCAGUACAGACA